AUGGAUCCCCAAACCUACGUGGAUCCCCAGCUCACCACCGCGGAUCGACUGGUGAUUGAUGCAGUCAUCACCGACCCAGCAGCCAAGGGGGAGACUGAGCCAAGAUCAGCGGAUCAGAAGCUUAGCCAGGAGGAGAUCAUUGAAAAGCUUCAAGGCAUGAAUGAUGCCUCUCAUCCUGCCUUUGAUCCUACAGUCUUCCAGCUCUGGGAUACUCCAGAUCUGGCUAAGCUACCUGCCCCCAUUCAGCGCUACAUCUUGCAACCAUAUGUCAACUGGGCCCAAGGGGUCGUAAGGUAUCGAACAGAUGUGGUCAUGUUGACGCAUCUGAUCCUUUACUUCACUACUCUUGUUCCAAGUGCGAUCUACAUGUACUAUCAUUUCUCUUGGAUUCAUGGUAUCCUGCACUGGGCCAUGCAAUUGCUGUGCUGCGGUGCCUUCACCCUGAUGAAACAUCAACACAUCCACCAGAAUGGUGUGCUUUCAUCCAAAUUCUGGGUCUUCGACACGCUUUUCCCGUAUUUGUUGGAUCCUAUGCUAGGACAUACGUGGAAUUCCUACUUCUACCACCACAUCAAGCAUCACCAUGUGGAGGGCAACGGUGCGAAUGAUCUGAGCACAACCAUGUUUUACGAUCGUGAUAGCGCGUUCGACUUCGCCUGCUAUGUAGGUCGCUUUUUCUUUUUCGUUUGGCUGGAACUCCCGCUUUACUUCUGGCGCAAAGGACAAGUCAAGUAUGCUUCCAGAGCUGCAUUCUGGGAACUUGGCAACUAUGUUAUGAUCUACCUGCUCUAUAAUUAUGUCAACGCACGCGCAACUCUCUUCGUGCUGAUUCUCCCGCUUACCGUGAUGCGCUGCGGCUUGAUGGUUGGAAACUGGGGCCAGCAUGCCUUUGUGGAUCAGGCGGAUCCCGACUCGGACUACCUUUCAAGUAUCACCCUGAUUGAUGUUCCGAGCAACCGCUUCUCGUUCAACGAUGGCUAUCACACUUCCCAUCACCUGAAUCCUCGCCGUCACUGGAGAGACCACCCGGUCUCAUUUGUCAAACAGGUGGACCAGUAUGCCAAGGAACGGGCGCUGGUCUUCCGUAAUGUUGACUACAUCUUUAUCACCGUGAAUCUGAUUCGCAAGAACUAUCUUCACCUGGCAAAGUGCCUUAUUCCCAUCGGCGAUCAGGUCAACAUGACCCUCGAAGAAAGGGCGGAGAUGUUGCGCAGUCGCACGCGCCGAUUUACGCGCCCCGAGGAGAAGAAAACCCGUUGA